GUAAGUUCUAAACCCGAUUCUAAACCCGAGUCUAAGUCUAAAAAGAAAAGCGUUACUGAGCCUGAUUCGAAAUCUAAAUCCAAAAAGAAAAGUAAAACACCUAAGUCUAAACCUGAUUCAAGUACAAGUACGAACACCGCCCCUCCACCCCCCAUUACUCAGCCUGUGCAAAACGAACCAACGAAGAAAAAGAAAAAGAAGAAGAAGAAAUCAUCUGAUAAAACUUCCGAAGCAAAUACAGCAUCCCAGCAACCGUCGAACUGCUCGUUAAAUAUAGAAACGAUUAGCAACCUGAAUGAACCGAGCGCCUCGAUGCAGCAACCUGAAUCGACUAGUUAACCUGCACCGACUCACCAACCUGAAUACGUUGAAGUUACUCCCGAAUUACGUUCAAUAAUCAACGUUCCCGAUAACGCUACGAAUUUGGAAAAAGAAGACUUACUUGGACGUUUGACUAGCCUGAGUGUUUUGGGACAACAAGCUGCGACGAUGCUGAAUAAUCUGAAACGAAAAGCUGAACCCGAAUCAAUACCUGAACCCCGAAUUUUGAAGAAAAGAGCUCCAACUCCGAAACCAUCCGUUAGCGACGCCAGUGAUAAUGAAGUCAGCGGAAAUGAAAAGACUGAGAAGUCGAACUCAGAAGAGAGUUCAGAUAGCUCGGAUGAGGAAGAAGACGAAGAGAAAGAUGAUAGCUCCAACUCGGAUUCUGAUUCAGAUUCUGAUUCGAGCUCCGACGACGAAAGCGAUAAUGACAAAGGAGGGAGCGGAGCGGGUGGAACUAGCAACCACUCCUCCCCUUCUGACUCACCUCCCGAACCGCCGAAACAGAAAGAAAAGACGAAGGAGAAAUCAAAGGAGAAGAAAAAGACUAAAUCCAAGAAAAAGAAGAAACGACAUUCAUUUAACCCGAAUAUGCUUCGAAGUCAACACGAGUCACGUACAAUGCUAACUAAAUCAACCCGAAUUGAUACGUGGUAUAAGAUGCUGGAGAUGGAUGCGAAGAUCUAUCAGAUCGACAUACAUAACCGGAAAACUGAAAAGAAAGCUGCGAAGAUCGAAGAAGAACAGCUAAUGAAUAUUGUAUUGCACAGGCUGGACCCCCACUACCUUCCCCGAGUAACCAUGAUUUCACCAGUUGAAAAAGUUAUCGAAAAACUUUUCGAAAUAAGGCGAACGGAGCGCAACGUAAGUCGUUCAUCGGUAAAGUCUGAGUUCAACAAACUCACUCUCGUAAGGGGUGAACAGUUGGACGAUUUCUUCAACCGGUUGGACGAGUUGUUGCUUGAUUACAAAAUGCAAACCAAAACUGAUAUACCUGAAUCCGAUGUCUACGACCGUUUAGUUGAGGCGACUGAAAAUAUUUACCCGAACGUUAAGACAAUUUUAAAAGCCCGAGGCGCAAAUCAACCGUCCAUACCUGACCUGAAAAUUCUAUUGUUGCAGGAAGAAUCCGAGAAGUACCGGAAGCCGGAAGAGGCGAACUUAGCGUACCACCGAAACCCGAAUCCCCUACCGCCUCCGCCACCGAAUGCUGCUCACGUACCCCGACCGCCGCCGCAUAAUUGCUACAAUUGUAGCAGUCAGUAUCAUUAUGUUUGGGAAUGCCCCGACUGGGACAAAGGCCCGAGAUGCUUCAAAUGCGGAGAGUGGGGUCACCGAAGCAAGGAUUGCCCGAACGAAUACAGGGAUUAUCGCUCAGAGUUCGAGAUGCCGGAUGAUCUGUUGGGUUUAUAUCGCGCUGGUAUGAUCUCAGCUGGACAGAUGGUUGGCUUAAAGAAGAAGCGCGACGCUAUGCCUGAUUACCCGAAUUACAACCAAUCAUCGAAUCGUCGUGCUCAAUACCACGAUGAAACUUCCCGAUAUCACGAUGACCGUUCACGACAUCGUAAUCGCGACUACGAUUCUAAUAACCGACGCUCCCGAUUUUCACCAGACAGAAGCGAUCACCGUCAUGAAGAUCAUCGCGACAACCGGAGAUCGCCGAAUCGUAACCCAGAUGACGUAAAAAUCACUCAUCAGCGAGCGCCAGCGACGGAAGUGACGCCACCCGAACAAGCGUUACAAGCUCUGAGCCUGAACAAACCUGAACCGAUGGAGACCAGCGCGAGUGAUCUGUAUAUGGAUUUUCUCCUGAUUGAAUUCCCGAAGUUGCCAGUGAACGAAAUGAGCCCAACGGCAAUCGCUGAAGUUCACAAUAAAAUUCAUCAGCUUGAACAUUGGCUCAUGUGCCUGAAAAAGAGUCUGGAUUUGCGCGUUCAGAUGUUAAACGUUGAAGAGGAAGCCACGCGUGAAAUUGUUCCAUUAUUUCCGUCUAACAACCCGAUCCCGAUUCCGCUGAUGGACGCUUUAGGGCCGGUUAUUUUGAACCACCCUCCCGUACCGCCCCCAACUAGUCACACCAGCGGCUCGAGCACGAAAACAACACCGGAAAAACGGCAACCGACUAAAGCCGAAUUGAAAGAUGACGAACCGUUUGUACAGACAUCAACGAAGAAAUUUCCCGAGCCUAAACCUGAUGCCGGAAAAACACCAUUAAAGAAAUUCGCUGACAAUACGUUCAACCCAAAAGCUGAGGCGAAAAUACCGACUAAGACUGAUUCGCAACCGAAAACCGGACCUGAAUUUAGGAAAAGUACACGACCGCGCCGAAUUACGCCGCCCUUUCCGAACCGGAGUUUCCCGAUUCAUCCGAAUGGUUUUAAACCUAUGCCGAGGACGUCAGGCACAUUUAUACGGCCGCCGACGCCGACUGACGAAUCGAAGAAAUCGACAUCACGACGUCCACACCGUCUGUUACGACAUCUGCCCCGAGUUCCACAACGCAGAACGUUGUCUCAUCAACAACGCCUCACGUUAACGCGUUGGGAAACCCAGUUGAUCCGCCGCGCCCGACUACACCACCCCAGUUACACGCGAACCUGA